UGUCUGAACAAGGAUGGAGCAAAGUACCAAGCCCCUCUUACAAUGCACUCUGGAAGUCCCACCAAAGUGAACUCAGGAUGUGGAUCGCUGAGAGGAGGCAGCAUUGAUUCCAAUUUGCAGCUGUGUGGGAAUGGUUGGAUGUCAACAGAUGAGGCCACUCUUCAUUCAAUGUUAAAAAAGCAAACAUGUUUUCGGGGAGGCAAAGGGGAACCUCUGGACUUCUUUCCUUUGGAAAGCUGGGAGAGUAGGAAUGGCCUCCAGAAGAAGAAGAUGGAUGGUAUAAUGCUAGGUGACUCCUCUCAGCUGUCCAGUUCCCUAAGGAAACAAAAUCCUAGCAAGUUGGAGGUGAGCAGUGCGGCCAUGGAAACUGCUCAGAUCAAGGACAAACUGAAGAAGAGGAGAAUGUCUGAUGGUAUCCUGGCCUCAAACAAAGGCUUGGCUGACUCCUCUGGUUCCAAGGAACUUGCCCUGAAACCAGCCAUUUCCAGGGCUACUUCUCAGAGGCUGCUAAUCACUUCUAAGCCCAUGCCUCCUAUUCAGAGCAUCCCCACCUCUCCAGAGAUAACAGAUGAAAGGGAGCAUCGUGUGCUGGAGAACAGCAUGGACCUCCUGGGAAAUGGAGGGGAUCGCCUGGAAUCAACAGCAGCCCCUCAACAAGUACAGCCAAAGAACCUACACGGCAACAAUGAGAACGUCAGGAAAUCUUUAGGUGCUGCUUUGAUCCCCCCCAUACCCAAAUCAGCAAAAGCCCACGGGGAAAAUUCUCAGCAUUUUCAGGAAACUUUUUUAAGUUCAUCACAAUUUGAUUCGACUUUUGCUGCUGUGGAGGACUGUUCUAAGUCUAGGUCAGGGCCAGUGAACAAUGCUGAAGAGAACUCCCUCAAAGUCCCAGAAACCAGAAAAUUGGAGUCUUUGCCUACUUUAAAAAAUGGCCUGUCUACCUCCCUAAAGGUUACUGGGUCUUCUGAAUCCUUACUGCCUUUAACUACCCACUCUCUCAGUAUGGGGUUGCUUGAGGAAAGUGGCCAAAUCUCCAGUUCUCACCUUUUAAAAGAGGAUGAUUGGAAGGAAAGCAAUGGAAGGAUUCAUGUGACCAUAUCCAAGUCUGCUCAGGAGAAAAUGCGUCAGAAGCAGGUAAAGGAGAUAGAGCUUUUACGUAAAGAAAGAGAAAAGGAAAGAUCUAUGAAGCUCCCAGACCAGCUACAGAGAACUGCUCAGGACGGAUCAGGUGUACUUAAUAGUAGUGAGGCCACCAUCCCUGUUACAUUCAGCCUGACCAAUUCACCCAGACCGCCUGCUGGAAAAUCCUUAAAGAAAAGGGUGAACAGACCUUCUCUGCCUAGCAUCCCUGUCAUCAACCAUGACAGUAGCUUUCUGAGGCACGCUUCAGCUUACUCCCUGCCAGCAACCCUGAAUUCUCCAGAAUGGGAAGAGGACCUUGUAAACAGAGAUGUCUUAGAAGUCAGCCUCUUGUCUCAUCCAGAGCAGGGGCUGAUUGAUGCUUUGAAGUGGCUCAACAGUAAUGACUGGCAGCUGAAGGAAAAGGGACUCUUCAGCAUCAGAUGCCUGGCAAGCUGCCAUUCAGAACUUCUUCUGUGUAGGCUUCAUGAUGUGUCUUUGGCAGCUAUGAAAGAGGUUAGUAACCUUCGGUCGAAAGUGUCUCGAUUUGCUAUUGGGACCCUUGCUGAACUGUUCAAGACCUUAAAAAAACACAUGGAUCAAGAGGUUGAAGAGAUUGCUCGAGUCCUUCUCCAGAAGACAGGGGAUUCUAGUGAAUUCAUCCAGAAAGCAGCUGACCAAUCCUUAGGAAUCAUGGCACAAAAUGUAACUCCUUCGCGAGCAUUAGCAGCUCUCAUGGCCAAUGGAGUGAACCAUCGUAAUCCCCUUGUUCGAAAAUCUGCUGCUGAACACUUAUUGACAGUUAUGGAGCAGAUUGGGGCUGAGAAGCUGCUUUCAGGCAACCGAGAGAAUAUGGAGAUGCUUGUGCAGAUGCUGAUCAAACUUGCUCAGGACUGCAAUCAAGACACAAGAUUUUAUGGCCGGAGGAUGCUGAAUAUACUUAAAUCCCAUUCGAAAUUUGAUGGGUACCUGAAGCAAUGUCUGCCAUCACAUGACUUGCGUGAUGUCAUGGCUACAAUUAAACAGAAAGGGGCAGAAGACCAGUCCUGCCAAGCUCCUUCUGCAAAAAGCCAAAGAGGGUCAAAAAGUGGUAGUUUGACAACCUCCCUGGACAGCAUGCCUUCAGAUAAUGGGUCUGUCUCCAGCACUCUUGCCCUACCACAACCCAUGGUUCGUCGCUCAUCCUUUCGAAGUUUAGAAGUAAUAGAACAACUCAAAGAGCUGGAUAAGAUGCUGGUGGCCAAAGAAUUUCAGAUGAGAAUGGAAGGCAUAACACUGCUGAUGGAGCACUGCAAGAACAACCCCCAGCUUGUCUCCUCAAAUAUCAUCCAGAUCUUUGAUGCAUUCCUCUUGAGGCUUCAGGACUCCAACAAGAAAGUGAACCAGUACGCAUUAGAAUCUAUUGCCUCCAUGAUCCCAGUCCUUAAAGAUGGUUUAAAUCCAGUCAUGAUCUCUGUAGUGACUGUAGUCACCGACAACUUAAACUCAAAGAAUUCUGGGAUUUACAAUGCAGCUGUGAAGGUGCUGGACCAAAUGAUCAUUAGUCUAGAUAAUGCUUUGCUGCUUCAAACGUUUGCCAGCAGGGUGCGUUUCAUCAGUGGCCGAGCUCUGCAGGAUGUCACAGAUCGCCUGUCAGUUCUUGUGACAUUGGUUUACCCAUGGAAACUUCAGGCUGUGGAACGUCAUGUCCUACCUGUUCUUUGGUACUUCCUGAGCAACAUGAUUGGCAAUGGAGUGCUACCAGGAAAGAGUGGGAAUGUCAGAACUGUGGUUGCUAAACUCACAAAGAGCCUGCACAAGCAAAUGGGACCCAGACUGGAGGAAUAUGCUUCCAACCAAUCUCAACAUGUGAUCAAAAAUCUCCAGGACCUUCUCAACUUGGAACUCCAAUGAUGGUUUCUAGAACUAUUUACACUUCAACAGAAGAAGAGAAAUGUGGCGGUAAACAAUGAUGCAGAGUUUGUCCUCAUUUAACUGUGCUCUUUUCAGUGUAAUAACACACUAUGGACAGUUUAUAGUAAUAAUCUACUUUGAAAAGUGUAUAUAAUAUAUUUUGCUGUAGAAUUAAAUCAUAUUUUUCAAAGGUUUAAUUUCCUAAACUUUUAUGUCCUACAGACUUAGAUUAUUUUUUUAAAAAAGAAUUGUAUAUACCAUUAUAAUUUUUAUCUGUAUAAAAGGAUCAGUUUAUUUAUGUAAUACACAUGUGUCAAAAGGUGUGUGUGUGGGGGGGGGGAGGAAGAUGGCUGAGAUGGAGCUUGCACAAUGGGCAACUUGAUCCACCAUUAUGGAUUAUACUUGUGCAAUAGGGUGUGUGGGUGUAUCUGUGUGUAUUUGCUUAUGGAUUGUGUGAGCAUUGGGUUUCCUCCCAGAAGCCUGGCCUUCUUUCUAUGUGUGCAGAUGUUGCAUUACAACACCUUCACAAAUUGCAGGACCCUGCUUCUUUCACCAGCACGGCUACAUAUUUUAGGGAGUGAAGAAGGGGAAAGCCAGCUGGCCUGGCCUUAAUAACCAAGUUGUGAGACAACAAAUGUAUAAGGCUUGAAUGAGUCAAGAGCCAAAAUUACUGGUAUGAUCAAAGGCAAGGAUUUAAUCCUGAGACAAUGAUGAGCUCCAGAUUCACCUUCCAGGAAACCUCAAAAUCUGUUUCAUUCUCCAGACCUGGUUCUGUUGUAAUGAACCUUUAUUAGAGUGGGAUCGCUUUGGAUUGCAGGUGUGGGCUGCCCUAUCUGAAUGCUGCUCCAUAAAAAGUAUUCCCUCCAUGCAGAAAACGAAACAUUAGGAAGGAGAAAAACCAUCUAAUAUAUUACAUGCAGAGAAUUUUGUUGGUCUGGACAAGCAUUUAGUCAUGUCAUUCACAAUCAGUAAUCUGAAGUGGUGCCGUCUGGACAGAGAGACUCGAGAUUAAUCCUUCUGGCAAGGCAUUCGAGUGAGCUUUUGGUAUAAGGCCAGGUUAGUCGAACUGGUGGAGUCAGAUGGAGGUUGCACAACAGGCUGUACUCUUUGUAGACAGAAUAACAAAAUCACAUAUAUGCAGGAACCAGGGACUGGAUUAAGGCCUGAUUCUUACAACUGAACAUAAUUUUUACCUGUUUUUGAUAUAAGAAAUGUUUGUGACAUGGCACUUACAAGGUACAAUCAAAAGUUAUCAUGUCUUGACAACUGUGACAAUAUGGUAGCUGCUGCUUUUAUCAAAUGACAGCAAUAGCCACAUAAACACUCAGUGUAUCACUUUGAGAGAUGUAAGGUUUGGAUUAAUAGCUUUUGAUUUUACAUUAAAGGACAUUAUGGCACCAGCCAUUCCUGUGGGAAGUCACUUUAUAGUGAUGUUAUCUUUCAGAAGUGACUGUGAUCACUGGCCUUAUGUGACCAUUUUGAAAAAGUUCUGAGGUAUGGUUCAACCACAUGUUGUUUACUUUUGGUGUGACCUUUUGUGUGAUAAGUGAUUUUCACUAUCAAGUGGCUCAUUUCAUCAGGCCAAACAAAUUGGCUUGAGAUGGCUUCAUCAAGCCGCUGCUAGAAUACCUAGAGAAGGAAUUCCCAAGAGGGUAACAAACAAGUGGAAAAGCGAAUGGAAAUGAGAAGGGCUUGUGGUUCUGAAAAUGUUGUUUUUUCUCAGUAUCCUAAGGGUGCUGUUUUCUGAUCCUACUUCACUCAAAUCACCACAAAGUAUCCUGACCGAGCUUUCUUUGUUGAUGUGGUGAAGGGGUUUAGAGCAUCUGGAAUUCUGUUUUUUUCUUACAACAGCAGCAGCGUUGUCCUGCAAUGAUUCUGAAACUCCCAGGAACUCAGUCUAAAAUAUUAAGGAGAACAAGAACAUCUUUCACAUUCUAUGGUAUACACAGAAAGUUGGAGGCUUUGGAAGAAUUUGGAAAAAAACUUUGAAAUAGUAACACUGGGGAAAAUCUUGGAUGUUGUAUAUAUGUUCAAGGUGGUAGACUCGAACUAUUAAAAAGUAAUGGUUUAGUU